AUGAGAUUUACUUCAGUUUUGAGACAAGUACCCAAAUUAAAGUUGUCAGAAGUCAUAGUAAGGGCCGGUGAAGGUUUGCCAACUGGUAUAACAGGUAUCUACAAGCAUCCAGAUCCAAGGCCUGCUCUUGUUACCUUAUACCAUGAGCAGUUGAAGGUGCUAAAUGACAAGUUCCCCAAAGAUUCAGUAUACAGACAGUCGGUUGAACAGUUGACUAAAAACAGAUUGAAAGUAGUGGAAGACGAAGAGAUUACAGAAAACAUAGAGAACAAAAUAGGUAAUGGAUUAAUUGAAGAACUUGUUAUCCAGGCUGCGGAGGAAUUAAAUUUGAGUCAUGAAAUGUCGGCCUUGAAGUGCUGGGAAGAGUUGGAAGAGAAGCCAUUAGAUGACCAAUGGGUCUACUUUGGUAAGAAAAUUUAG